AUGACCGAGGACUUUACUCCAAACGCCGGGUACAUUGAGGUCAAGCCUCCAGCCCGACCUCGUCAGAAUAUCGCCAAGGAUAAUCAGCAAAUGCGACUGGCCCUUCUGCGAGUCAAGAGAUACGAGACCGCCGUUCAGCGACUGCAGGAGGAACAGGAUAGAGAAAGACAGACCGCCCGACAGGCUGGAAGGGAUCUCAUCAAGUACACAACGUCGGUCAAGGACCAUGCGGUUCCAGAGCUGUGGGGGUAUCUUCCCCCGGAGAAGAACCCUUAUGCCCUGUAUGAGGAGGAGAACAAGACGACCGGAUGUUGUGUUAUUUCGUGA